AUGGCCGAAUCAUAUCUCUUCAGCAUCGCGGAGUCACUCAUAGCAAAGCUUGCUUCUCAUGCUUUUGAAGAAGCUUCUCGAGUGGUGGGUUUAAACGACAGUCUUCGAGACCUUAACAAGACUCUCUCUUUAGUCAAGGCUGUCUUGUUAGAUGCUGAGCAAAAGCAGGAGCACAACCAUGAGCUGCAGGAAUGGCUCACUCAGCUCAAAGCUGUCUUCUCCGAUGCUGAAGAUGUGUUGGAUGAAUUUGAGUGCCAAACAUUGCGAAAGAAAGUGGUCAAAGCUCAUGGCAACGCCAAAGACAAGGUAAGUCACUUCUUCUCAAGCUCUAAUCCACUUGUUUUUCGUUACAAGAUGGCUCAGCAGAUAAAAGAUCUCACUCAGAGAUUAGACAAGGUCGCAGCUGAUAGACACAUGUUUAGUCUUCAAAAUAUUGAGGUUGACACACGUGUCGUGCAUACUAGAGAAAUGACACACUCUCGUGUGAAUGAUUCAGAUGUUAUAGGAAGGGAACACGAUAAAGAAACGAUCGUACAGCUGUUGAUGCAGCAGAAUCCUAAUGUUAACGAUACAAGUCUCUCUGUUAUCCCCAUUGUGGGGAUUGGAGGCUUGGGAAAGACUACACUUGCAAAGUUUGUGUUCAACGACAAAAGGAUCGAACAGUGCUUCACAUUGAAGAUGUGGGUGUGUGUUUCUGAUGACUUCGACAUUAAGCAACUUAUAAUCAAAAUCAUCAAUUCUGCCAAUGAUCAAGCUUCUGCUGAUGCUCCUCCUCACCAACAGAACUUGAACAUGUUGGAUCUGCAACAACUGCAAAAUCAGCUGACAAACAAACUUGCCGGUCAAAGUUUCCUACUCGUCUUGGACGACGUAUGGAACGAAGACCGUGUUAAAUGGAUUGAGUUGCGGAAUUUAAUCCAAGUAAGUGCAGCAGGAAGUAAAAUUCUAGUGACCACACGCAGUCAUUCAAUUGCUUCCAUGAUGGGUACAGUUUCACCUCACAUUUUACAAGGCCUUUCUCAGGAGGAUUCGUUGUCUCUCUUCGUCUUAUGGGCAUUUAAAGAAGGAGAGGAGGACAAACAUCCUCGCUUAGUAAGUAUUGGCAGAGAAAUUGUGAAAAAAUGCAGCGGGGUUCCUCUGGCUGUGAGAACAUUGGGGAGUUUACUAUUCUCCAAAUUUGAGGCCAGUGAAUGGGAAUAUGUGAGAGACAACGAAAUUUGGAAUUUGCCUCAGAAAAAAGAUGGCAUUUUACAUGCUCUUAAAUUAAGUUAUGAUCUCAUGCCAUCUUAUUUGAGACAAUGUUUUGCAUUGUUUUCCCUUUACCCAAAGGAUUAUACACUCAAUAGUUUUGAGGUAACCUCGCUUUGGGGGGCACUUGGACUCAUUGCAUUACCAAAAAAGAACAGGACUCUAGAAGAUGUGGCCAAUGAACAUUUGUAUGAAUUAAUGUCGAGAUCAUUUCUUCAAGAUGUUGAGAAGGUUGGCACUUAUUAUAGUUUCAUAUUACAUGAUUUGGUGCAUGAUCUUGCCCAAUUUGUUGCAAAAGGUGAGUGUUUACUUAUUCAUUCCUACAAUCAAAAUAUUCCUGAGAAUGUUCGGCAUCUGUCUUUUUCUGAAGGCAACUUGUGCGGCAAUUUAUUCCCCAAAAAAUCAGUAUCUUUGAGAACCAUAAUGUUUCCAAACAGUGCAAAAGGAGCCAACGGUGAAGCUUUACUAAAUACUUGCCUGUCAAAGUUCAAAUACUUGCGAGUUCUAGAUUUAUGGUCUUCGACAUUUGAGACUUUGCCCCGGACCAUUGCUAAGUUGAAACACUUGAGAUAUCUGGACAUUAGCAAAAAUAACACUAUUAAGAAACUCCCAAAUUCAAUUUGCAAGCUCCAAAAUUUGCUAGUGUUUAGAGUUCUCGAAUGCAUGGAGCUGGAAGCUUUGCCAAAAGGAUUAAGAAAACUGAUCAGUGUCCGGCAUUUUGAGUUUAGCACAAAGCAAUCUGUUUUGCCUGACAAUGAGAUUGCCAACAUGUGCUCGCUUGAAAACCUGUCUGUUGAAUCAUGCCCUAAUGUGGAGUCCCUGUUCGGCGGGGUGGAAUUCUCAGCUCUGAAAGUAUUGAAUGUUGCUGACUGUGAGAGUCUAAAGUGUUUGCCACUGGAUGGUAAAAUUUUUCCUGAAUUAGAAACUUUGGUUGUUGGGUCCUGUGGUAAUUUGGACUUGGAACUAUCGAUGGACCAACAUGAUGAACAAAGCCCCAAGCUGAAGUUGAAAACUGUUAAUUUUUCUGCAUUAUCACAGCUGGCGACCUUGCCUAAAUGGCUUCAAAAUGUUGCCAACUCCUUACAGUUCUUGUAUAUUUCAAAUUGCGACAAAAUUGAAACACUUCCAGAUUGGCUGUCAACUCUGACUGAUCUGAAAACACUUUCUAUAACAGAUUGUCCACAACUGGUAUCUCUCCCAGAUAAUAUCGAUCACCUCACCGCACUUGAAAGUCUGACGAUUGAAGGUUGUCCCGACUUACGUAAAAAAUAUCAGCCCCAUGUUGGAGAGUUUUGGCCAAAAAUAUCUCACAUAAAAAACAUUGUCAUUGAUAAUCCAGAAGAUCCGGAGAAUAAUUAG